CUUUGACUCAACUCUAGUUUGACUUUUCUGGUUUUUAAACUAUGGCCAUUCUCAUGUUUUGCAAAAUGUUAUACUGAUGCUCAAGCGGAGGAUUAUAGGCCCCUUGUAUAAUGUUAUACUGAUGCUCAAGCGGAGGAUUUUUGGUUGUUCGCAUGUAAGCAACCCUUCCAUGCAAUUCAUGCUGUAUGAGACCAUGUUGAAGCAGCAGAAGGAAAGACGCACCUUGAGUAAGAAAGCCACAAAAGGAGUGACUGCAUUGGAGGUAUUUCUUCUUGGAGCUGUUGCUAAACUUGGGGCGACUGUUGUGACUUAUCCCCUGCUUGUUGUGAAGGUAACUGAUUUUGCCUUGUCUUUCAGCCAUUUACCACAUGAUGCAACUUUUUCCAUGUGUUUGUCUUUUUAGUUUUAAAUUUUUUCUGCUUGCUUCAAUGAUAAUAUGAGGAUGUAUUUAUGUGGUAUGAGCAGUUUUCUUG